AGCCGACUCGAGGCCAGCUAGGCAGUGCUGUGGGGACAGCCGGCCCGGGCAAGCCCAGCUGCACUGAACAGGUGCUGGCGGCUGCGGGGCUCGAACUCCGCCUGUCUCUUGCCCCGCGCGUCUCUCAGCUCCCGGGGCGAUGAGCAGCUACCCGCGCUCCAGGCCGAUGAGUUUCAGCAGCCGCUCCCAGGGCUCGCAGCCCAGCUGGGGCUCCCUGUACCGGGCCGGCUCGGGCUUCCAGCCGGGGCUCCGCAGCUCCCCCAGCCUGGGCCGCCUCGGCCCCAGCGGCGUGUCCGGCUCCUUCCUGCUCUCCUCCAUGCCCAGCCUGGAGAUCGACCCCGCGCUGCACCAGAUCCGCAGCGAUGAGAAGGAGCAGAUCAAAGGACUCAACAACCAGUUCGUCUCCUUCAUCGACAAGGUGCGUAACCUCGAGCAGCAGAACAAAGUGCUGGAGACACAGCUGAAGCUGCUGAAGGACAAGGACCAAUACAAGUCCAACCUGGGGCAGAUCAUGGCGCGCUCCAGCCAGAACCUGAAGCAGCAGAUCGAGACGCUGAGCCAGGACAAAGGCAAGCUAGGGACGGAGCUGGACCACAUGCAGGCGUUGCUGGAGGAGCUGAAGGGCAGGUACGAGGACGAGAUCCAUCGGCGGAACCAGCUGGAGAACGAAUUUGUCGUGACGAAGAAGGAUCUCGACGACAUGUAUCUGCAGAAGGUGGAUAUCGAAUCGAAGCUGGAGAGUAUCAUGGACGAAAUCAACUACCUCAAGCAGCUGUAUGACGAGGGGAUCCGGGAGCUGCAGUCCCAGAUCCAGAACACACAGGUGACGGUGGAGAUGGAUAACAGCCGGGAGCUGGAGAUGAAGCAGGUCAUAGANCACUUCGAUGACAUGGCGACCCAGGCCCGGAAGCACAACGACGAGAUGAAAAGCAUCAAGAAUGAGAUCGCGGAGCUGAACCGCUACGCCCAGAGGAUCAAUGCUGACAUCGAGGCCCUGAAGAACCAGCGAGCCAACCUGGAGAGCGCCAUCGCGCUGGCGGAGGAGCAGGGCGAGCAGGCCGUGCGCCGCGCCAAGGACACGGUGCAGGAGCUGGAGGAUGCGCUGAAGGGGGCCAAGCAGGACAUGGCGCGGAAGGUGCGCGAGUACCAGGAGCUGAUGAACAUCAAGCUGGCCCUGGAUAUGGAGAUCGCCACCUACCGCAAGCUGCUGGAGGGCGAGGAGAACCGGAUGAUUGGCCAAGGCCCGAACCUGCAUAGCAGCGCCAUGGACAAACGGGCUGGACUCCUGCCUUCCCGAGUGGCACUCCCCUCCCCGGGCAGGGCUGCCACGCUGCCCGGGCCAGCCUCCUCGCCCAAGAGGCCGAUCCUGAUCAAGACCGUCGAGACCAAGGAUGGGAAGGUCCUCUCGGAGUCCAGCCACUUCUCGGAAAACUAGCCCAGGCACGAGUUGCAGGAGAUGGAUUUCAAGCUGCGUAACGUCCUGACUGCGGCCCAGUUCUACUCUGUGUCACUGAGGGUAGAACUGGGCCAGGAGAUUGUAAGCUCCACGGGGCAGGGACCUGGUCCCACGAUGCAUUUGCAAAGCGUUCUGCACAUCCAGGGUGCUAGGGAACCCACAAAGCUGUUGGUGUUUGCUGGCAGGCUCCGGGAGUCUCUGACUAACACCCUACCCUCAUUAGCAGGCAGGGAGCUGGCAAAACAAGGGUUAAAUGGGUGCUGGCUUGCUGACCAGCUGGUUCGUUAAUUCACUUAAUGUAAGGGUGGUGGGAACAGCCAGGGUCCUGGCCGGGAAGUGGGACAGGCAGGCCUCCCGAAGGGAUUUUAGCAAGACUCUAUCCUAAUGAAUCCGACUCAGGCAGGGGACUAGCUCUGAGCUACCAUUGCAGAUCCUAGGACCGGUCGGCUGCUUCCUUUGGAGAUUUUAUCGUGCGGGGGCCAAGAGGGCAAAUUCUGCAACUGCCAGGGCUGGGCAAGCAGCAGCCACUUACCCUUUGACUAAGGAAUAACUCUGGUCUAGGCUGGCACCCAGUGGGUCCUCCCCAUUCCAGAUUGUUAAUGCAUUGAAACCUGGCUCCAGGGC